UGUCCUGUGACGGAUGGAGAGAGAGUAGGCGGAGCAGUGCGGCAAACUUCAUUCACUUCUCCGCUCGGAUUAAAAUCUCACACGAAGCGAUGGACAGGUGAAACUUCAUUUCGAGUCCAGCACCGCGGACUGAGGCACGACCGCACAGGGAAAUAUUUCAGAUCGAGAAAAGUAGAAAAAUAUCAGUCUGCUGUUGUCAGAGUGCUUCUCAAUAAUCAGGAGUGAUAUUUUAUAUGAGAAUGGUUUUGUAAACAAAGUGAAGGCGAUCAUGUUCUCUGUUAUUGUCUUGUACUGUUUCAACAUCCUGCUGCUUGUUAGUUCAGUUCUUGGCCUAGAUGUAGCCAUGAUCGAUGUUGUCUUAGUGGAAAAUAAAGCUGGAAAGUACAAUACACUAACAUAUCAAGUGAGAGGCAGAUUCAGUCGUGCGGGUGCAGUAACAAGCGCUGAGGGAGAUAUACUAAAGCUCCAUGGUUUGAAUCUGUGUUCUUCUGACAUUGACCGGAAGCCAAGUCACGAAUAUGGAUGGGUUGGUGUGAUGAAAAUCCCGCCGGUCGGUCAAAAACUCAACCCCUGCGUGUCGGUCGUUAAGAAAGCCGAAGUCGCUGUUCAACGAGGUGCAACUGCUGUCAUUUUUGACGUCACGGACAACCCAGGGGCACGAAAAGAGUUGGAAGCCAAGUCAGGAGUUGUUUUGCGUCCCGUUGUCAUCAUUGAAGGUCCUGAUGCUAAAAAACUUGAAAAUCUUCUUCACGAACGCAAACUUUCAAGGGCGAGAAUAAAGAAUGAAGCUAAAAGUGUCUCACAAGCUACUUCAAACGAAUAUUUUGACAUGGGAAUUUUCAUGGCCUUCUUCAUCUUGGUCUCUCUAAUAUGUUUAAUAUUGUUAAUUAAGAUCAAGUGGCGGCAAAAACGAAAGCAGACUUCGUUAACUCGUAUGGCGCUGCAAGCGAUUUCGCGCAUGGAGACUCGAAAGUACACCAGUGAAUUAGGGUCACAGCAGAGUCUUGAAAAUGCAUUCAUCUGUAAUCGUUGGCCGUAUUAUGAUAUUAGAAGCUGUGCAAUUUGCUUAGAAGAGUUCAGUGAAGGACAGGAUAUCCGUAUCGUACCAUGCCGACAUGAAUUCCACAAAUCGUGCGUUGAUCCGUGGUUGCUCUCUAACUGCACUUGUCCUCUCUGCAUGUUAAAUAUAGUCGAACCUUUCGAUAGGAAGAGAAGAUCAAACUCACUGCGGAAUCAGAGAAGAAAUGGCAUUUUUAGAUAUUGUAUUGCAUUGUCCUGUGGUAAUUCGGAGAUUAACCAGGACGAGAUUAGCGCCGAAGAAACAUUUACAAAUAUUGAAUUAGCUAGUACUACUAAUUAUUCAGAUCCGCGUUUAUCGUACCAAUCAAGAAGGAGCAUAGACAGUCCAAAUACCAUAAUCGAACAUUCACAACAACCUAGUCAGUCUUUUAUAAGCUUGGCUGAUGUCCAUACGACUAACACUAUGAACAGCGACUGUUUGCAGCCGUAUAGAUUUCCUAGGUGUAAAUUCCAUCAUAAAAAGAAUCGACAUCGAACUACAACAUCGCCACCGCCUGAGCAAGCGGAAUCAGAUAUCGAGCAUUCUAUCGUUGUUGUUGCUGAUAUACCCGUUGACAAUUUUGAUAAAAUGAUCGAGGAUGUUGUCUGAAUGUAACUAACCUUAGCGGAAAUAAACGAUUCGUGGGACACCUUUCGCAGAGACCUUUAUGGCCUGUGUGGAUUGCCCAUUAAAGGUCAUUUGUUCAAGAAAUGAAAGGUGAAACUGAAAGUGAUCAAGGCAUUACAAUUUGCUUUACGGAACACAUUCACCUUUACCAGAAUUGCUACAUGCCACCUUUGUGAGACAUUCCACCUUGACUAAGCAGUUUUCACUUCUACUUCGAAACACAAAGGGAUGGAUGUAUAUUUAACAAUGGCCUUUUCAAAUAAGGACUGGAUAAAUUUUCAUAAUAAGUGGGGAUCGAUGUUUCGGUCUUUUAACACAUUCGUCCUGCAAUAUCAGGAUGGGGAUGGAUACCUUCAUUGGAGUAACACCAAUAUAAUGAUCUUAUUGUUAUUUAGUGUUUUGUAAAUACUGCAAUUUAAUUGCAUAAUAAUUAUUUCAUUCGAAAACAA